CGUGCGCAGGCGCGGACCUGCAGUCAUGACGGGCCACAGUUAGGAGAGUGCUGGUCAGAGUAGUGUAGUGAUUCAUUAGUUUAAGGAGUUUCAGGAAGUUUUUUGAGGUACAAAAUGUUCAAUACAAGUUUCGAAGACUACUGCGAUUUUAAUGACAGCAUCUGCAGCAAUGAUUCCGGCAUCGAAAGGUCCUACGCAGACUCCCUCGCUACGCCGACGUCAGUCAACAGCACUCCCUUGAAACCAACUGGUCUAGGAGCAAAUUUCGUAUCUGACAAAUCCCAUGUAAGGAGAAAACUAUUUUCCGAUAGCUAUGAAUUUCCCUUCGAAGAUCCCAUGGAUAUCAAAGAAUUCGAAAAUAACUUGCAAGGUGUAGAUAAUACUUCAACUCCUAUUAAAUCCAAGAAAAGAGAAGCCAAGGAUCCUAAUAAGCCGAAGAGAAAAUACGCCAAUGGAAAGAACAGAGUAACGAGAUGCAAGAGCCCGACACAAAUUAUGAAGAUAAAAAGGAACAGAAGAAUGAAGGCCAAUGACCGAGAGAGAAAUAGAAUGCAUAUGUUGAACGAGGCUCUGGAUAGAUUAAGAUGUGUGCUGCCCACGUUCCCUGAAGAUACUAAGCUGACAAAAAUAGAGACCCUAAGAUUUGCACAUAAUUAUAUUUUUGCAUUAAGCCAAACUUUAGAAUCGUUAGAUAAUAUCAACUCCGGAAACACACCAACCGGGGUAUCACAAAAUUAUGAGAAAAUACAAAAUUAUUCUAUUGCUGGUGAAAAAACAACCAAGGAUGCCUUUAGAGACAUCUUUCUCAUUCCAAAUAAAACUGAAGAGUACAACAGUGAUGGAAGCUAUCGUAAUUUCCAAGGCUUCAGCCGACCGUUUCCGAACGGGUCAAAUUUUAUGCAGACUUCAGAGGGAGUGCUGAUCAACGUCGGGAAUGUCACCGUGUCCGUCAAUAACAAAGGUGGAAAUUGUAUCACUUCUACUACUGGCACUGGAUUUUUCACCAACCCGUCGAGUUUCGGAGACGAAUCACUUCAACAGCAUUAUAACAACCAGAGGCCCUUCCCAACAGAUGGCAACUAUAGUGAUAUAGUAUAUGCUCAGAAUAGUUCCGAAGAAUAUUUUAAUCAGAAAAAUUAUGAAAUCUUUAGGAAUGCCUUUGACAAUGCUAAAAAUAAAAGAGCUCCUAAGACUGAAAAUGAGUUUACCAAUUCUUACGAUAGUUAUACAAAUAAUUUUUAUGGCUAUAACGAGAGGCAUUAUUUUAAUGGUGAAAAUUUAUAUCAUCAGAAUAAUUCUUAUUACAACGACCAAAGGUGUUAUAGAAACUUUUAUAAUAGAGCACAUAGUGUAGUUAAUGCUCAAAUUUGAAUAACAUUGUAUUAAUGUGAGGUAAAACUAGUCAUUUUAUAUAAUAUUUACAAUAAAUUUAAAUUUAGUGUAAUUUUUUUUUUCAAAAAAGACAAUAACAUGUAAGACGGUGUUGUAAAGAAUGUAAGUAAUAUCAGAAGUUAAAUAUACCAAAGUUUA